UCGCCCAAUCACUCUGACGUCGUCAUUUCAAAAGAGAGACCUAGGUUGUUAGGGAGGUGAAGUAGGGGACCUAGUGUCGAAUAUUCAGCGUCCAAGCUGGCUCACUUACGUUCUAGACGUCGGCAGUACCCGUCGGAAAGUUCGUAUACUCCCGGAGCGACCGUUCUCCAGCCGUCUGGCCAGCAGCAGUCUUCAUUGGGCGGCACCUCCGCGUCCCCCUCCCUUUCCUCGUCUUACUACCCCACCCAGUCUCUCCAGUCCGACGCCAUGACGGGGAGAGACAGAACAGCAGAGUUUACUUCAGUUGUCCACUCCCUCCAAUCCUAUCAUGCUCCGACAUCCAUGACUCCCCAUCCGAGAAGAAGGCAGUCUGAAAUAAUGGCUGCAGCCAAGAAGAUUGGCUAUGACAUCAACUGUACCUCCACAAAGCUGGAGAAACUUACAGAAUUGGCCCGGGGCAGAAGUCUGUUUGGAGACCCCACGGCAGACAUCCAGGAGCUGACUCAGGUCAUCAAGCAGGACCUCUCCAAACUAAACUCAGACAUCAGCUCCCUCCAGCAGCAGGCCAGGGCAGAGUCGUACGGCGACAGCAAACACAUGAGGACCCACACCUCGUCUGUUGUCAUCUCUCUACAGGUGAAGCUUGCCAACGUGUCCCAGGAUUUCAAGAGUGUUCUAGAGCUCAGAACAGAGAACCUAAAGCAGCAGAAGCAGAGACGUGAGCAGUUCUCUGCCUCUCCAGUCACCUCUUCGUAUCCUCCCAUGGAGAGAGAUGGGAUGUCGAGGUCAGUUCUACUGAGCAGUGACCAAACGGACAGUCAUGUGGGUAUUGACAUGGACUCCCUCAGAAGACAGCAGCAAAUGCAAGUCAUCGAGCAGCAGGAUGCCUACAUCCAAGAGAGGUCAGACGCCAUGGAAAACAUCCACUCCACCAUUGUGGAGCUGGGCACCAUCUUCAGACAGCUGGCAGAGAUGGUCCAGCAGCAAGAGGAACAAGUGGCCAGGAUAGAUGAUAAUGUCGAAGAAACCCUCACAAAUGUAGAUGCAGCACACACAGAACUUCUCAAGUAUUUCAAAGGCAUAACUUCCAAUCGUUGGCUCAUGUUGAAAAUAUUUGGUGUCAUAUUGGUCUUCUUCAUCUUUUUCGUUGUUUUCUUUGUAUGAUCAAACCCAUCAUGUGAUAUGUAAUAGUAUGAUACAAUUGAUACGGUAACUAACACUAUUCGUUAAUGAGGUAAUGCAUCAAUUUUCCAGUGCUGAUGGUUCCUACUGGGUUUUUGGUGAGUGGUACUCACAUGAAUCACACACCAGGGGGACAGGGCGCUCGUGUGAGAGAGAGCCUGCGAGCAUCUCCCGUAGCUUUUCCUCGAGGCCAAAGAGGUGAUUGUCUCGUGCAUGAGGGAACGUCUCUCUCAUGGUGCGGGCAAGGUUCAGAACGUACUCCACGUUGCACCCACUUGGUCCGUGGGACUCGGCCACCUGUCGGGCAAUGUCAUCCAGGGAGGCCGGUCCGAGGUACUCUAUGUUGGUCUCGGUGGCAAUGUAGACCAGGACGGGGAAGGGGGGAGUGUCCUUGUGGCAGGGGUGGAACGUGACGUGGUGGGUUGUGUAGCCGCCUUUUUCUCUGUGGUCCAGGUGAGGGAGUACGCUGCGGUCAGUUCUGAACGCCACACCCCACGUCACCUCCUGCACACAACAGCAAUGUACAAAAAGGUUUACUCCAGAUUGCGUAGUUGACAGUGCUCAGGUAUUGCUCACAAAUCGGUAGUCUACCAUUACCUCUUGUGCUUCCACCAAAGUCACCACUCGGCCUGGCUGAGAGAAUACGUAAAAUAGAGUUUUAUUCUAGGCGAGAUCAAGGGCUCACCGCUCCAGGGAUUCCUCUGUGGUCGGUGCUGCCCUGCCAGAAUCGUCGAGCAAAGCCCUUCACGUGACCCACCACCCUCUCGCGGUAGGGAAAGUCCGCCUUCCACGUCAGAGAUCCGUACCCAAACACCCAAAUCCUCUCGUCUUCUCCGCUGCAGUUUUGCAUCGUGAUCGCAUGUCCGUAACUAACUC